AUGGCUUAUGAAGGCGCUCUGGCCUGUCAGUCCUGUUAUGAAGGCUACAGGUUCAUGAGUGGCAUCUGUAAUUCCCAGUGUCUCGUUGGCUUAUAUGCUGCUUCAAAGGGCUCUGAGUCCGUGUCCGAUGAGCCAGACUGCAAAGCGUGUGACCCGUCCUGCCUGGACUGCCGAGGUCCCAGCAUGUGGAACUGCACAGUGUGUCCUGCACUCCAGAUCCUGUCAGAUGAUGGCCGCUGCUUGUCCUGCUGUGGAAAUGAGACACGCCAUGAUGAUAAACCGAUACCCAGGGAGUGCUGUGACUGCAUGGCCUCACGAGAGGAGUGCAUCAUGGGUGUCAACUUUUUGAUUCGGGACGCUGUGGAUUUAGAGGGUCAAGGCAGCACUGCCAGACUCUUUGUCACUGUCUGUGUUCUACUUAUCCUCUCUGUGGGCGGAGGGGUCUUCCUCUUCACCCAUGCUCGGUCUAAAUCACUCUCCAUAGCACCCAAAACCAAAACUGGAGGCUAUGUGAAACUGGACACCAAUGGAAGCAAUGCCUCAAAACCCACCACCUCUUCAUUUGGGGAGUACUGUGACCCGAUCAUUGAGUGUGAGGGUGAUGAAGAAGACGACGAUGAAGAUAUUGUGUACAUGGGACAAGAUGGGACGGUGUAUCGGAAGUUCAAGUACGGGCUAUUGGAUGAAGAUGAGAUUGAACUGGAGUAUGAUGAUGAGAGCUACUCGUACAGAUGAAAAGAAGGCACAAAAGACCUGACUGGAAAGAGGGAGCUCUUCCUCAUGUGUCACUGCACUCGAAACAUGUUGUAAAAAUUGUUUCUCAUUUGGAAAGUGCUUGAAACAGAGGGGGUGAGUGGGGUGACGGGACUGACCACUCCUCUUCAGAUUGAUACAUAUUGUCUUUUUAAUUCUUUUUUGAGAAGUUGUAUCACUUCAUCUUCAUCUGGGCACAACCAGCAGGUGGAGCAGUUGUGGAUGAAGGAGACACUUUCAUUAGACCAAAAUGACCCUACCCUUACUCUAAUCAUACCAGACGAUUACCAAUCAAUCUUAAUAUUUUGAUGUUUAUGAUAGCAGUACCUGAAAUAGAUAAAAGAAUUAUAGGCAUAACUCACAUUUCCCUGUUAAACUCUCUUCUAGCUGUACAGACACCAUGUCUGUAUCUGGCUAUAUUGGUGGCACCGAUCAGAUUGUUUCAUUCAUGUCUUUAAAACAGAUGAAGGUUGGAUUCACAGCACAAUAUCUGUAGUUACAUUUUCUGGUCAUAUUUGCGCUGGUUGUUUUCUAUCUUUCCAAUAACGAGAACAUUUAUUUGUUCUCUUGUUAAGGCGACUUUUCCUUGUAAUAAUAAUAUAAAUGUUGAACCAUCUCCAACCUGAGAUCUUCACACAGUUUUGUGACAGUUUAUUUGACAGUCUUGUUUGCCGUGGCUACUGUGAACUUUCAGUGUGAAUGGAAGUGUUUCGCUGCAACAAAAAGGGACCAUAGAAAAUGAAAUGUGCUUAAACUAAUUAUUAUUUCGCCAGCUUUAUCUUGCUAUGGCUGGUAUCACAACUCACAUACAUGUGAUAUAUUCAGGUAGAUAGUUGCACUACAUACAAAUCGGAGAACAAAAUGAUCUGAUGUUUGCGCAGCACUGAGAAGAUCCAAGCCUGGUCAGAAUAUUUGGUAUAUGUAUGUAAAUCUAGCAUAGAAAUAUACAGUUAAUCAAAUUCUAGUGUGAGUGUAAAGUUUUAGUCAGUAAACCUACAUAUGUAAUCUAAAUUCAGUUUGACUAUUAAGUUAUUGUAAAUGUCAUCUAAGACAGAUAUGGCUGUUGGGUCAAGUUGUUGACUUUUCGUCUGGUCUAGUGUUUUGCCCUCAACAUCAAUAACUGGGUUUACUGUUGGAUUAUGCAACCUAUUUCUUUGAUCUGUCUUCUCUAAUAGACAUACAAAGAGUUUGAUUUCUUUUUAAGUCACAAACUUCAGAGGAAGUUGUGAGUGCGCUGACAAUAUAUUCAUGUUCACGUGUUUGUUUACAUUUUCUAGAAUAAAUCAUUUCAUUUGAAAAAAAAAAUUGUACAACAUAAAAUAUGUCCACUGAUAAUGCUAAGAGAAUGCUAAUGUAAUAUACUGUUUCUGCAUCAUCUGGUUUAAAGAACUUAUUAAUCACUGUUUUAAUAUUACUGUCAGCACACUGCAGGAGUCAUCUCAAAAUUCAAAACAAAAUUUACACUGAAGCGCAAUCUCAUAUGUAACCAUCUGUGGUACUGUUUUGGAAAUAAUCAGGUUACACAGAGAAGAUUUUUGUUUUUCUCAGGGGUUUCCUCUUGUUUGGGCUACAGUAAAAUGCUGACAUCUGCACAUCUGUGCAUGUGUCCUCAAAACACACAGAAAGUUGCUGAUUUAUAAGGAAUUUUUCUCAAAGUAUUUUCUUUUAGCUCUAAUGUUUUGACUUCUGGGUUGUAUUGCUGCCUCCCUGAGAUAAUGACAGGUCUGCGUCCCACUCAAAGGAAAGUGUGAAUUUUUGCCUGUGCUUUGUUGAGGUGAAAUGUGCUGUGAAUGAUUGUUUCAUAAUAAAGUUG